CUAUCGUUCAGUUUCAUCCUCACCUUUGUUCGACACAGUUUGUAUCGCGAUAAAAUGUUCCACCAGUUCGACACUAGCUCCAAAUCAUGGAUUUCGCGUCAUCCACCUACGGUUAUUGAUCCGGAAGCUAACCUGGGCCAACUGAUACUAACCGUGCUUGAUCGCAACCCGGAGAAGACGCUUCAAAUCGAUGCCGAUACAGGCCGGGAGAUGACGGCCGCGCAGAUGCGCCUCCGAGCGAUACGCGUGGCGCAGAACUUAACGGCGCUUGGAUUUCGCAAGGGGGACAUGGCGGCGGUUGUCUGUUCAAACAGUGAAAAUCUUGCGCCGCUGGUGCUCGGUCUGUGGAUGGUGGGCAUUCCGUUCAUAAGCCUUCCGGUGGGGUUCAACGGAGACGAUUUGGGCCAUUUGAUGGGGCUGGUUCAACCGAAACUCGUAUUCUGUGACGACGCCGUGCAUAAGAUGACACUGGAAGGCAUUGGCAAAGGACUAAAGAUGAAGCCUGUGGUGUUCGCCGUGGAGAGCGAGAUGGAGAGUAUAAGGAAGGUGGAUGAACUGUUGGAGGUAACUGGGAAGGAGGAGGAGUUUGUGCCGCAACACCACGGGGACAUGCGCGAUUUGAUCGGCAUAAUUUUGUGCACGUCUGGAACAACUGGCCGACCGAAGGGUGUUGCUGUAUCACAGGCUCAUAUCGCUGUCGUGUUGGGGCGGCCGGUGAAGCAAAACGAUUCUGAUCUGGUGUUCAACUUUAGUCCACUGUAUUGGGGAACGGGACUGUUUGCGCUGUUGAACUCGAUUUCCACCGGAACGACCCGAAUUGUGACGAGGAAUUCUUUCAGCGAAGAAGGCUUCUACGAUGUUUUGAGCAAGUUUCGACCAACACUCUUUUUCACGCCACCGUCUCACGCUAUUCUGCUGCUGGAGCAUCCGCGAGUGAAGGAAGCUGAUUUCAGCUGUUUGAAGAGCUGGAGUUUGAGCGGAAGCAUUGCUUCACCGCAGUUGAGAAAACGUAUCGAGGAGAAACUCAGCAAUGGAACAACCGUAAAUAGUUACGCUUCGUCGGAAAUUGGACUGAUUGCGAUGGAUGCGAUACGGAAGAAAGAAGGCAGCGUUGGGCUGUUGAUGCCACAUUUGAAUGCGAAGGUAGUCGAUGAAAAUGGAAAAGCGGUGGGUCCUAGAGAACAGGGGGAGCUGUUGUUGAAGACUUCGAUUCCCUUCAUGGGGUACUACAAUGAUGAGGAAGCCAAUCGUGAGCUGAUGACCGAAGAUGGUUGGAUUCGAACCGGCGAUAUUGGAUAUUUGGAUGAAGAAGCAUUCGUAUAUCUGAUUGACAGGAAAAAGGAUGUGAUUAAGUAUCGGGGCUAUCAGAUGUCACCGAUCGAUUUGGAGGCAAUCGUAGAGAAGAUUGAAGGCGUUCAGCAAGUCUGCGUGGUGGGCGUUCCGGAAAUGGAUGGAACAUCGGAUUUGGCUACGGCAGUGAUUGUGAGACGGAACGGCAGCACUUUGACGGAGGAAGAGGUUGUUAAACAAGUAGAGGAGCAAGUGUCGGACCAUAAACGGUUGCGUGGAGGAGUUUUCUUCUGGGAAGAAUUGCCGUUGUCUUCAACGGGAAAAGUGCUCAGAAGAGAUGUCAAGCAGCUGUUGAUUGAGGCGAGUCUCUUAUAAAAUAGUAACUAUUUAUGGUGGUCAGCAAUGGUCCUGAGAUUACACAAAGUUAAAUUAUUACAAAUAAACAUAUUCUAAUGUCAUGAAGAUGCCACAUUUUCUCAUCUUGAGGUGUAAAUUAAAUAUAUUUGAGUCAAAAUAAAAUGGUAGAAUUUGCUGCGAAAACGAGCAAAGAAAUUUUCUUGA